GUCAUGGAAUUAGUAAAAAUCAUAGAAAGUUUUGGAAAAGCAAUGACAUUUUGUUGUGUUUAAUAAAAUUGCUGCAGUAAUCUUUUGUGAAUUACCUUCGUAAUGUAACACAAAUUCAAAUUUUCUUGAGCAGGCGCUGAAACGUAGCUCAAAUAUGUGUCGAUCAGUGAUAUUUGAUUUAUUUGUCAUUUAUUUAACAUUAAGUACGUUUCCUCCUUUUCUACCUGUGUUCCUUCUGGCUGAAAUUAUGUUUGAAUCAAAUUUGAACCUGAAAUGUUUGAAAAAUGGCGGGCAAGUGGAGCGUAAAAAAAAAAUCUAUUCUGCAUCCUUGAAAAGUCCUGGAAAGCAUUAACACACAUAUGAUACUGAGACAAAUCUAUCUCCAUAAUGACCUCGGAGCCUGGGUGGUAAAUGUUGUUGGAACGAGGGUCUUGCAUAUGUUUGGGGACUCUUAUAUUGCAGAUGAUUUGAUGGAUCUUAUUGUGAAGGGGCCAACCUGAUGUGUAUUUUAUCAAAGGUUCAAUAAAAACAAACACCACUUUUCAAACUGAUUCUGUCUCGUACGUUUUCAUCCCUGAAUCUGUCGUAAUGUUUGACCAUUUCAAAGUGUGUGUGAGUUUUCACAGCUCAGGCUGGAGCUGUUAACCGUCCACCACACCUCUCAUGGACGUUCGUCUCUCUGUAUGACUUCCUGUCUCAUCGACAGCCGAGCCCCACAAAGAGGAAACUCACCAGAGCGCACGCUAAGAAUCCGCAGCACAAUGAAAGAUCAGCUGUCGAUUUGUUGAGAUAAAAUCCUGCGAUUGAGGUGAAAGAUCGGAGCUUUUGCGUACAGGGAUUAGAAAGAUCCUCCUCCAUGUUCGCAGUGACCCCCCCCGGUCCCAACAGUUUCACAGCGCCGGUUCUGGUCCAGUUCCAGCUCGGCCUGUUCAGGGAGGUGGUUCGAGUCGCCGCUGGCAACCUGAGCUAUCGCCAUGCCAAGAGGCUCGCUGCAGAGAUCAUAGAGCGCAAGGCUCCAAACUGCAGCGUGGUGGGCGUCGGGGAGAAGAUUCUGCUGUUCAGACAUCAGUCCGCCUCAGAGCAGCUGCUGCAGCGGCUGACAGACCACGACGAGCUGCGGGAUGGAGACCUCAUCGAGGUCGUCAUCGCAGGAUCAGCGUCAGUGACAGAGGUGAGGAUCCGUCCUCACACCCUGGUGGUCCAUUCGUACCGUACGCCCACUUUCUGUCACCACUGCGGAGAGAUGCUGUGGGGCCUCGUCCGACAGGGAUUAAAAUGUGACGGUUGUGGAUUAGACUUUCACAAGCGUUGUGCGUUCUACCUGCCUCAUGACUGCAGUCGAGCACGGCGGCAGGUUAGCACCAGCCUCUCCCUGUUUCCCCCCCGACGACCGCACACACACUCCCUGACCAAUCAGGCGGGAGGCAGUCUGGAGGAGAUCAGCAUGUCCAAGCCGUCCUCCAGGCCUCCGUCCUGGGCAGAGCCACCAGUCUGGCUGGGAAUCGGUUACGGCGACAUGAGCAGGGCUCAGGUCCCUCACACCUUCCACAUCCACAGCUACACCAAACCCACCGUGUGCCAGUACUGCCACCGGCUGCUCAAAGGGCUCUUCAGACAGGGGCUGCAGUGCUCAGACUGCAGGUUUAACUGCCAUCGGCGCUGCGAGCUGCUGGUCCCCAGAGACUGUCCAGGAGAGAGGAGACGCACCAACGGGGAAGAAUGCACAGCGGCGGGUCACAGCAGCCCGGGACCAGAGGACGAUGAUUCAGAGCGCACCAGCAUGACAACACUAGAGACCUCCGACGAUGAGAUGUCCACUGACGGAGACUGGACGGCCGAGACAAAAGACGAGGAGCUACAGCGAGAGCCGAUGAGUCCGUGUUUCAGCAGCUUCAUCCCUGUGAUGAGGCUCGUCCAGUCGGUGCAUCACUCGAAGAGGAGAGCAGGUGGAGUCCUGAGAGAGGGAUGGCUGCUGCACCACACCAACACUGACACACUGAGGAAACGUCAUUACUGGAUCCUGGACUGGAGGAGCAUCACUCUGUACCAGAACGAGAGCAGCACCAAGUACUACAAGGAGAUCACUCUGUCUGAGGUGCUGCACGUCCGAGGCUCCGCCCACCUCACCGUGCCCUCGUUGCCAGGCAACAGCGCCCACUCCUUGGAGGUGGAGACGGCCUCGCUGGUGUACUGCGUGGUGGCCGAAGAGGACGGGCCGGCCUGGGAGAGCGCCAUCCGUCAGGCUCUGAUGCCGGUGCAGAGCAGCGGCGGACACGGCGGGGAGAAAAUAACAAGCAAGAAAGAUUCGCACAGAGACAGCGUGGACAUCAGCUCGGUGUAUCAGAUCCUUACAGGCGAGGUUUUGGGCUCAGGACAGUUUGGAGUCGUGUACAAAGGCACUCACAGGAAGUCGGGUCGGCCGGUCGCCAUCAAAGUCAUCGACAAGACGCGUUUCCCCACCAAACAAGAGAGACAGCUGAGGAACGAGGUGUCCAUCCUGCAGAAUCUGACGCACCUCGGCGUGGUUCUGUUGGAGGGGAUGUUCGAGACGGCGGAGCACGUCUUUGUCGUCAUGGAGAAGCUCCAUGGAGACAUGCUGGAGAUGAUUCUGUCCAGUGAGACAGGACGACUCCCUGAACGCAACACCCGCUUCCUCGUCACACAGAUCCUGGAGGCUCUGCGGUAUCUGCACCUCAAACACAUCGCUCACUGUGACCUGAAGCCUGAGAACGUCCUGCUGGCGUCCGCAGACCCGUUCCCUCAGGUGAAGCUGUGCGACUUUGGCUUCGCCCGCAUCAUCGGCGAGAAGUCUUUCCGCCGCUCGGUGGUGGGCACGCCGGCCUACCUGGCGCCCGAGGUGAUCAGCAGCAACGGCUACAACCGCUCGCUGGACAUGUGGUCCGUGGGCGUCAUCAUGUACGUGAGCCUGAGCGGCACGUUCCCCUUCAACGAGGACGAGGACAUCAGACAGCAGAUCACCAACGCCGCCUUCAUGUACCCGCGACAGCCGUGGACCUCCAUCUCACUGGAGGCUGUGAGUCUCAUCAACAACCUGCUGCAGGUGUCGGUCAGACGCAGGUUCAGCGUCGGCAAAGCGCUGGGUCACCCCUGGCUGCAGGACUUCCAGCUGUGGUGUGACCUCAGGGAGUUCGAGCAGAGGAUGGGCUGCAGGUAUCUGACGCACCAAGAUGACGAGGAGCGCUGGAUGCGUUACGCCCAGGAGAGAGGCCUGGACUUCCCGCCCCGCCUCUGCUGGGACCCGGACAACGACCCUGACAUGUGACCUCGGCCCGGAGGUUAAAGGUCAGACAGUUUUAUUAUCUGUAAUAGCUCAGAUAAAAACCACAGAAAUGAGAAUCCUGAAUUUGCGGAAAUUAACUAAAAUAUAGGUAUUUUUUGAUGUUUUUUUGUUGAUCAGUUUUCUGUGGUCAGAAGAAUCAACGACCAUCAAUCGAGUUUUAACCCACAGCACAAUCAUUUCUACGUGUGUCCAAAAGAAAAGAGACAUUUUUGUUGGGCUGGACCAAAUACGUCAAAACUUCAAUCGUGGCCAAGAUGAACUCAAAAUUAGUAUUUGAAUGCUCCGUUUUUUUAAAUUAUGCAAAACGCCAAAA